AAACCCACCAAUCCCCAACGUUCCUUUUUUUCUUCUUCUCUCUCUUCUCUCCUCAUCAGCCGCCCGUCUGUCUCUCUCCCCGAUUUUUCUCCCCCAGCGUAGCCUUCUCCUCCACGCCCCCACGCCGUCCCAAGCCCAGAGCGCGGUGGGUCAGCCCCUCGGCCACCUCCGCCGGCCGCCUCCCCACCUCACCGACCACCUCCACCUUAUCGAUCCCCUCCGCCACGGAUUUCCCCUCCCCCGCAGCAGCCAUCGCACGCCACAUCUGCUCAGCCGCAGCCCAGCCGUCGCCGUCUCUACCCACCGGCACCCCACCUCACCGGCGACCCCCUUCACCACGGGCCUCUCUCUCUCUCUCUCUCCCUCCCUGUAGCAGCCCAGCCCGUAGCCCCUCUCGUUUAUCCCUUCGAUUUCCUCCACUGUGAGCCACCGUGACGCCACCACGAGAAACGGAUCAGCAUGAUCUUGGCAGCACCAGCAAUUGACCCAUAGUAACUUCAUUUACACUGAUAUGGUGGGGUUUAUUGCUAAAUCAAUUGCUGGAACGUGCUUCAGGUGCUUCCUUGUAGGCUUUUCAUUUUCCUUUCAGGGUUUAUGUCUCACUGAUUUUAUCACUUCCAGCUAUGUUGCUUUCAUUGACGAAGAAAGACCUACUAUUUGAUGGUUAGCUGUCUAUUUUUUGCCAUCAACACCCGUUGCCCUAAGCUUCCAUUGCAUUCCAUCUUUGUCUACCUCCCUAGCUGCCAUCUCCUCUGCUUGUGACAACCUGUGACACUUUCAUUCAACAAUGGGGCUGAAACUAUUUGAGGGUAGUGACUCGGAAGAAGACGAUGCAUCAAGGAUCCAGAUUGAUCGGGAGUUCGCUCGUAGAUACGAGCACAACAAGAAACGCGAGGACCUCCAUCGCCUCCAAGAGCUUAAGAAGAAAGGUCUCGUCCAACCCUCUUCGUCCUCCCAAUCAGAAUCAUCAUCUUCUUUUUCAGAUGAAGAAGACGAUGGUUUCGUCAUUUCGAGCAAGAAGGAUAACGAAUUUUUUGAGGCACUGAUCAAGGUAAAGAAGCAAGACCCUGUUAUUAAGAACAAAGAUGUCAAGCUAUUCGAAUCCGACAAAGAAGAAGAAGAUGAAGAAGAUGGGAAGGAUAUGGAGAGUAAGAAGAAAGCGAUGUAUUUGAAGGAUGUGGUGGCUAAGCAGUUGAUAGAGGAGGGUCCUGAGUUUGAGGAUGAAGUAGGGGAAGGGAAGAUGGAGGAGGAGAAGAAGAAAAGUUAUGUGGAGGAGCAAGAGGAUAUAAGGAGGGAGUUUUUGGAGGCAGCAGCGCAUGAGGAUAGAGGGGGAGAUUUGUUGAGAAUAAAGGAGAAGAACGAGGAGGAGGAGGGGGAGGAGACGGGUGAGAAUGGUGACUUUGUGAGGAAGUUGGAUGAGUAUUUUGGUGGGGAUGGGGAAGUAGAUGAGGGUAAUAAGUUCUUAAAGGAGUUUUUUAGGAAUAGGAUGUGGGUGGAUAGGGAAAUGGAAGGUGGGGAGAUUGGGGAGGAGGAGUUGGAGCGUGUAUCAGAGGAUGAGAGGGAGAUUGAGAGGCAAGAGGAGUAUGAGUAUCGGUUUCAGGAGAAUGCGGGGGAUAGAGUGAUGGGUCAUGCUCGGAAAGUGGAGGGGUCAGUGAGGAAGAAGGCAAACUCAAGGAAGGAGCAGAGAAAGAGUAAAGAGGAGAGGAUGGAGGCGGCAAGGAUAGAGAGGGAGGAGGAUUUGAAGCAUUUGAAGAAUUUAAAGAAGGAGGAGAUGGACGAGAAGGUGAGGAAGAUACUGAGGACAGCGGGUAUUAGGGAGGAUGAGGUUGUGCCAUUGAGUAGAAAGGAGUUGGAAGAGGAGUUUGAUCCAGGGGAGUAUGAUAGAAUGAUGAAGGCUGCGUUUGGUGAGGAGUACUAUGAGGAGGAGGAUGCAGACCCAGAGUUUGGUAGCAAUAGGGAUGAAGAUGAGGGUGAGAUUGAGAAGCCAGAUUUUGACGAAGAAGAUGAGUUACUUGGACUUCCGAAAGGUUGGGAUGAGUGUGGGCCUGGUGAUGGGUUUUUAGCUGCCAGGGAAAGGAGUUUGAAGCGAAAGGUGGUUAAUGAGGGUGAAAGCGAUCAAGAAGAAGAGGAAGAAGAUGCCGAGAAAGGUAAGCGGAAGAAGAAGCGUAAAAAGAGUGCAAUUUUGGAGAAAGCAAAAGAGGCUAUGAUGGAGGAGUAUUAUAAGUUGGAUUAUGAGGACACAAUUGGAGACUUGAAGACAAGGUUUAAAUAUGCAAAAACAAAACCUAAUAGAUAUGGAUUGAGUGCUGAAGAGUUAUUGGUGAUGGAUGAAAAGGAGUUGAAUCAGUACGUUUCUUUGAAAAAACUUGCUCCUUAUAGGGAGAAGGAAUGGAAGUUGAGUGAUAAAAAGAGAUUCCAACUAAAAAUGAGAACUAAAGAACUUCUCCGGGGUGGAAAAUUGGAUGAACAGAAGGGUGGUAAGAAGAAGAGGUCCAGGGAUAAUGCUGAAAAAUCAGUUUCACUAGGGAGUACCGUGGAAGAUGGGAAAGCACAAAUCCAGGAAUCAUUUGGUGAUUUAAGCAGUUUAUCCAGGCAAGCUAAGAGAAGGAGACGCCAAGCUGAAGUUAAACUCUCUCAUUCCAGGCUCAUGGCAUAUGGAAAGAUACCUUCCAAAUCUAAAAGGAAAGCAAAGCACUGAACGCUACCAUCGAUUCAUUGAGAUAGUAGACAGGUUUUGUAAGGCCACUAAGUCUUGCGUUCUGUUUCUUCCUACAUCAUCGCCGUUAGGGGACCACAGGUUGUAAAGAUCAGCACUCAUGGAAGGCUACGCAACAUCUUCAACACGUUUAGUUCCUGCGGCUGAGUUGGGACCGUAUUCCCUUUGGGUUUGGAGAUGAUUUGUAAUUCUUAUUCAAUGCUUUGGGAGAGGGCUCUUGGGGAACUGCUUUGAGAUCCUAGUGUUAUGGUUACAACUGCUUACUAAAUUUAAACAAAGAACAGGGAUAGAGGAUUUUUACCCA